AUGUCCCGCAGAGUCACUCGUUCCUCUGCGAGGCUCGCUGCAGAGUCUGGCGUCUCGACCACUUCAGCGCCUCUUGCUCCCUCGCACCCAUCGACAUCGGCUUCUCCACCCGAUCCUCCUGCCGUAACCUCGAGAAAGCGAAAGGCUCCAGGCCGUCGUGCCUCGAACCCUACCGACGAUCCGGAAGAGAAGAGCCCUCCAUCGACCCGCGGCGGAAAGAGACAGAAAUUAGCUGAGUCGCCGCAGAACGAGCCAACAGCUGCGCCACCUGCGGCUCGAUCGACUCGAAGACGGAGCGCCCAGAAAGAACCGGCAAUGUCUAAUAAUGCUUCAUCGUCCAAGUACCACGAAGAGUCCGAGAAGCCACUGGCAGCAAAAUCAGGCUCCCGACGCCAGUCAAGCAGAGGUAACAAGACACAAGAAGUAACAGCACCAUCGCAGACUCCUCAGCCGCGUCGCCAGAGGAAACGUUUGAGCAAGAAAGACCAGGAUGUUCAGAUGAGGGACGAAGAAGACGAGAACGAGAAGCCCGCCAAAGAAGAGAAAGACACUUCUCCUCCCCCUGAUCGCUCGAACAGUGACAGUAACGACGGCGACGAUCACAGCGGCAUGGAUGACGAUGAUGGCCCAGAUCCCUUUUCCGCAGCCCUUUUCGGCACUGGCCGCGGCCCUCCGUCAGGGCUAUCAAACACCCUCAGAGCCUUGAGUGGAAUGAUGAGCGGCAUGUCUUCGAGACUCCGAGAUAUCCUGAACAAUCUCCGGCAAUCGGACAAUCCAACCAUGCAGAUGGUGGCUCUCGAAGAGCUCUCGAACCUCCUGUUGGUCUCGAAUGAAGAUAAUCUCUCGGGUCAAUUUUCACCGGAUCCUUAUGUCAAAGAACUCGUGGCCUUGAUGCAGCCGAAUCCCAUCACCGGCGAGGAGAACCCUGAGAUGAUGCUUCUGGCUUGCCGGUGUAUUGCCAAUCUGAUGGAGGCUUUACGGGGCUCCGUGGCCAAUGUGGUCUACGGAGGGGCUGUACCAGUACUUUGCCAAAAGCUGCUUGAUAUUCAGUACAUCGACGUCGCCGAGCAGGCCUUGAGCACGUUGUCUAAAGUCUCAAUCGACUUCCCGGCAUCAAUCGUCCGCGAGGGAGGUUUGACUGCAUGUCUUCAAUUCCUUGACUUCUUUGCCACCGGCACACAGCGAACCGCCGUCACCACCGCGGCAAACUGCUGUCGUAACAUCCCUCACGAUUCCUUCCCGGUCAUUCGAGACGUCAUGCCGAUCCUGCUCAAUGUCCUGUCGAGCCACGAUCAAAAAGUCGUCGAACAAGGCUGUCUAUGCGUCACCCGAGUCAUCGAUAGUUUCAAGCAUAGCUCGGACAAGCUGGAGCAGUUGGUUGACCCCCCUCUGCUGCGCGCCAUCCUGGGACUUCUGCUACCAGGCACCACCAACCUCAUUGGGGCGAACAUUCACACGGAAUUUCUGCGCGUGCUCGCAAUAGUGGCGCGAGCAAGCCCUCGGCUUUCAGGAGAUCUACUCAAAAUGAACGUCGUGGACACCUUGUACCAGAUUCUUACCGGCGUGUCCCCUCCGAGCGAGACUGACGACGAUGCCUCCAAGAUUGACAGUGUGGUCAUUAUGCAAGCUCUGAUCCACAGACCGAGAGAGCAGGUAUACGAGACUUUGAAUGUUAUUUGCGAACUUCUACCACGCCCGAAGCUCUCCAGCGAGGUAGGCUCCGAAGUCUACGACGAUAUGGAUGACUACAUGUCGGAUGAAGACGAUCAAGCUUCCGGCCAGCAGUCUAAAACAGAGAAGAGACUUGAAGUUCUGGCUGACUGCAAACAAGAAACGCGCCGCUUUGCGACCAUCCUCCUGCCCACCUUGACCGACGCUUAUUCAAGCACUGUCAACCUGAGUGUCCGCCAGAAAGUCCUCAUUGCUCAGCUCAAAAUUCUGUCCAACUUGGAGACAACGGUCGUUGAGGAGGCACUACGACCAGUGCCAUAUGCCUCAUUUCUUGCAUCAAUCCUGUCCCAAGAAGAUCAUCCAAGCCUCGUGGUUUUCGCCCUGCAGGCUUCAGAGCUGCUUUUUGAGAGACUCGAGGACAUCUAUCAAUAUCAGUUCCAUCGUGAAGGCGUCAUUGGUGAGAUUAAGAAGCUCGCUGACCGACCCCUCGCAACGGACACAAAGCCAGCCAAAAGCACUGAUGCUGAUGAUGCCAAUCCCGGCGCAGGAAGUGCCGAUGUCCAGGCGAAGCUGGGUAGCAAUCAACACGAGGAUGACGACGACGGAGAACACAAUGACGACGGCGAGGAUGAUGAAUAUGGCGAUCCAGAGAAUGAGGAUAAUGAUGACGAGAGAGACGACGAAGACCUUGCUGCUCGACAUCACCAUGAUGAUAUGGACGGUUCUCAAAGUUCAGACUCCUCUGAUGAUGAAGAUAUUCCGUCGCCCCUUGCCAUCGCUGGAGUUUCUGACUUGGUCAUCAUGCGAGCGAAGAAUUUCUUGACCAAGUAUGACACAGCGAAGGGCAAAGAGAUGAAGGAGAAGGCAGCCGAUAUUCGAACCGAUCUGCACAAGCUUGCCACCGACAUUGAGGUCUUUUACCGUGAUCCCAACCCCAACGGGGCUGGCAACGAGCUCUUUUCACGCCUUGCCAGUUACUUUGAUGAAGACGCUCUGGAGAGCAUAACGAGUUCAGAGUUGUUAGACUCAGGCAUCAUCCGUGUUCUGGUGCAAGUCUUGUCUGACGGACCUUCGUCCAACAUGGGAGUCGCCAGAGCGAACCUGGUCUCCGCCUUCAUGGGAACAACCUAUCGAGGCAAUAUCAAGACGACAUCGGCGGCGUCUGCAGUAACACCGUUCAGCGUCCUCAUACAGAAGUUACAGGAUUUGCUUAGCCGCGCGGAACACUUUGAGGUCCUAACCGUCAACAACAAUGCUUCGGAGAGCAGUCGCAGCAGCUCUACUUCUAUGCUCUCGCGUCAGAUCCGCCUGAAGCUGACAGCAGACUCCGACAGUGACAUCCCUUUGACCUACCGCGACAUGAUAGUUUCGAUUCACGCCAUCGCGACCUUCAAAGCGCUUGAUGACUACCUUCGGCCUCGAAUCACCCUGUCCGAGCGUCCACCAUCAUCGGCGCAACGCCGUCGGGAUAUGUUGCAACAUAUCGCCAAUGCCCGUCUUGCGCACUUGUCUGGUGCUGCUGAAUCAGGCCUUCUUUCUCCGCUAGGCCAAGACCUUGGGUCUCCGGCUACGCCAGGGAAGGCAGAAUCACGCCCUCCGUCUCAAAUGAAACGACGGUCUCAAGAGCGUCAUGCUCCUGCCGAGAAGAAGUCGGCUGAGAAGACUGAGCGGAAGCGCUCAAAUCGUCGCGAUCAAGCUUCAUCUUCAGAUCAGCCAUCAGCACCACCACCAGAGCCCAGUUCCGAAGAAUCGCAGCACCAGCUCGAGUGUGCAGACGAAAAGGUGCUUGAGGACGAUGAGGGCAACGACCCUGAAGGGGUUGGAGCCCUGGACGCAUUCGUGGAUGGGCUCGAGGAAGAUAUGUCGGAUGAAGAAAUGCCCGAACCCGGCGCUGUCAACAUGGAGAUUGGGUCUACUGGCAAGGUGACGGCUCGAAAAGAGGAUGGAACCAGAGUUGCAACCCCUCAGCCAGGGACGCCCAUUCCCCCAAAUGCUCGACCACCAUCUUCAGGACAGUCUCCUGGACCCUCGCCAGUCACUGCGGCGGGUCGUCCCUCAUACGCCCAAGCGCUUGCAGCUGUGCCUCAAGACUGGCACAUCGAAUUCAGUAUUGAUGGAAAAAUCAUCCCGAACAAUACGACCAUCUACCGCGCCGUUCACCACAACCGUGAUCAGCCGCAGGAUCUCUCUUUACGCAGUGUCUGGUCAGGCGUCCAUACAGUCAAGUUCAGAAAAGUCCGAGGUCCUCCACCUUCGCCUUCGAGCUUACCUCCUUUUGGCGCGGCAGAGAAGCGAGGAUCUCAGAAUGCGCUUCCAGCGUCGCUCGAAGGUCACCCUAUCACGUCCCGCAUCCUGACUCUACUGGGCAUCUUGCACGACUUGAAUGCGAAUCUGGACGAGAUACGAGAGAUCACUGAACAGCCAGGGCUGAAGCUUUAUGCCGAGCCUCUCGCAUCAUUCAUCAACACCAAAUUGACCGCCAAGAUGAACCGUCAACUGGAGGAACCGCUGAUUGUAGCUAGUAACUGCUUGCCAGACUGGAGUGAGGACCUUGCUCGGUCGUUCCCGUUCCUGUUCCCCUUUGAGACCCGACACUUGUUCCUGCAAUCGACCUCUUUCGGAUACUCGCGCUCGAUGGUCCGAUGGCAGAACAAUCAAUCCGAGAAUGAUGAUCGCCGUGAUCGGCGGAGAGAUGACAGACCCAUGCUGGGUAGACCCCAACGGCAGAAGGUGCGCAUUUCACGUCACCGUAUCCUGGAGAGUGCCAUGAAGGUCAUGGACAUGUAUGGCGCGUCACCAAGUGUGCUCGAGGUUGAGUACUUUGAAGAGGUCGGGACGGGUUUGGGCCCGACUCUCGAAUUCUAUUCGAGCGUGUCCAAAGAAUUCUCCAAGAAGAAACUGAAGAUGUGGCGCGAAAACGAUUCUGCAGACAAGGACCAAUUCGCCUUUGGAAAGAACGGUCUCUUUCCAAUCCCCACGAGUCCGGAAGAGAGCGGCAAAGAAGCGGGCAAGAAGCUCGCGUUGUUGUUCAAGACGCUUGGAAAGUUCGUGGCUCGCUCGAUGCUCGAUUCUCGCAUCAUUGAUAUCACCUUUAGCCCGACCUUCUUCAGGAUCGGCGGCAUCACAAAUGCUGUUCCUUCUAUUGGGUUGUUGCGUACCAUCGACCAGGAUCUUGCCAACUCUCUCUCUCAGCUCCAGCAGAUCGUCAAAGUGAAGGCGAAGAUCGAACUCGACUCGUCCAUGUCGGAGGAAGAGAAAGCACAAGCAAUUCAGAACCUGAACAUCCAUGGUGCCAAAGUCGAGGAUCUCGCUCUUGACUUCACCCUUCCGGGCUAUCCUGAGAUUGAGCUGAUUCCCGACGGAUCGAACGUGACGGUCAACGUGGACAACGUUCAGCAAUACAUUGAUCGAGUGCUCGACUUGAGCCUUGGCAGCGGCGUGCGGCCCCAGAUUGAAGCAUUCCAGACCGGGUUUUCUCAAGUGUUCUCCUACUCGUCCCUGAGAGCCUUUACGCCCGACGAACUGGUCAUGCUGUUUGGCCGCACGCAAGAGGACUGGAGUAUCGAGACGUUGAUGGACUCGGUCAAAGCCGAUCACGGCUUCAAUAUGGACAGCAAGAGUGUCAAGAACCUACUGCAAACCAUGUCGGAACUCAGUCUUUCUCAGCGUCGCGAUUUCCUCCAGUUUGUCACAGGCAGCCCGAAGCUUCCAAUUGGCGGGUUCAAGAGUCUGACGCCCAUGUUCACCGUCGUAUGCAAACCCAGCGAGCCUCCUUACACAUCGGACGACUAUCUGCCGAGUGUCAUGACUUGCGUCAACUACCUCAAGCUUCCGGACUACACGUCGCAGGAUGUGCUCAAGGAAAGAUUGUUUGUGGCAAUCCGGGAGGGUCAGGGUGCUUUCCACCUGUCUUGA